CUCCCAACCCUGGUACCAGCAGUCUGUCAGGUGUGUUUAAGCUGAACGUCAGGGGACUCCUGUCUAGGAACUCUUCUCUUCACCAAGGAAAAACAAGAUCCGACCCUGUCAGCUGUCAACUACAAAGGAAUACCCUAAAGGAUCACUGGACCAAAGGAAAAGUACUAGAGAAUCCAACAUGCCCAAAGGAAAUGUAACUCAGAUCUCACGAGAGGACCUGAAGGAACUCAGAGAAGCCUUCGACAAGAUUGAUAUUGAUAACAGUGGCUAUGUAAGUGACUUUGAGCUUCAGGACCUCUUUCGGGAAGCCAGGUAUUCCUUGCCAGGGUUUCAGGUGCGGGAAAUUGUGGAAAAGUUCAUCACUGCAGACACCAACAAAGAUGAGAAGAUAAGCUUUGAUGAAUUUGUUGCGAUCUACCAAGAACUAAAAAGCAAGGACAUCAAGGAGACCUUCCGCAAGAUGGUUACCAGACCAACUGGGUUAAUAUGUCUUCCAGGCACAUCUCCAUUCUCCACUGAGGGCACUCAACACUAUUACUCAGAUGAGGAGAAAGUGGCCUUUGUGAACUGGAUAAAUAAGUCCUUGGCCAAAGAUCCAGACUGCAGACACCUCGUCCCCAUGGACCCAGAAAACGACAGCCUAUUUAAGUCUGUUAAGGACGGGAUACUGCUGUGCAAAAUGAUUAAUUUGUCCCAGCCAGACACAAUUGAUGAGAGAGUGAUAAAUAUAAAGAAAUUAACAACUUUUACAAUGAAUGACAACCUGAAUCUAGCUCUAAACUCGGCUGCAGCCAUCGGCUGCACUGUAGUCAACAUUGAUCCUACGGACCUGAAGGCUGGGAAGCCACACCUGGUGCUGGGCCUCCUCUGGCAAAUCAUCAAGAUCGGGCUUUUUGCAGAUAUUGAGAUUUCCAGAAAUGAAGCACUCAUUUCCCUGCUGCAGGACGGCGAGGAGCUGGACCACCUGCUCUCCAUGUCCCCAGAGGAGCUGCUGCUGCGCUGGGUCAACUACCACCUCAACAACGCCGGCUGGCAGCCCAUUUACAACUUCAGUGACGACGUCAAGCCCAUUUACAACUUCAGUGACGACGUCAAGGACUCCAGAGCCUACUUCCACCUGCUCAGCCAAAUCGCUCCUAGAGGGGACAGAGACGAGAUUGGCAUUCCCAUUGACAUGACAGGAAUAACUGAGCGGGACGACGAGAGGCGAGCUGAGAUGAUGCUGAAGCAGGCCGACAGGUUGGAUGCCAGGCAGUUUGUCACUGCUCACGACGUAGUGUCCGGGAACAGCAUGCUCAACAUAGCCUUCGUGGCCAACCUGUACAACCUCUACCCAGCUCUCAACAAGCCUGCCACCAAUGGCCUAGAUCUCACCUUACUGGAGGGAGAAUCCAGGGAGGAGCGCACCUUCCGGAACUGGAUGAACUCCUUAGGAGUGAAUCCCACUGUCAACCACUUGUACAGCGAUCUGGUGGAUGCUUGGAUCAUUCUUCAGUUAUAUCAACACAGUCAGAUUCCUGUGAACUGGAACAAAGUCAACAAGCCUCCAUAUCCCUCUUUGGGUGCAAACAUGAAAAAGCUGGAGAACUGUAGCUAUGCUGUGGAUCUAGGCAAAACGGUUGCCAAGUUCUCUCUGGUGGGUGUUGGUGGGGUAAACAUCAAUGAGGGCAGUCGAAUACAUACCUUGGCUUUAAUAUGGCAAAUAAUGAGGAGAUACACAGUGAAGGUUUUGUCAGACCUUGGAGAUGGUGAAAAAGUGGAUGACAAAUUUAUCAUCAACUGGGUGAAUGCUGCUUUAAAGGAAGGUGACAAGGACACAUUUAUCAGCAGCUUCAAGGACAAAUCGAUCAGCACCAGUCUUCCAGUGCUCGAUCUGAUCUCUACCAUCACUCCCAAGGCUGUCAAAGACGAAAUGGUUAAGAGAGGCGAACUGAGCCCUGAGGACAAGCUGAACAAUGCAAAGUAUGCCAUCUCCGUUGCCAGGAAGAUCGGUGCCAAGGUGUACGCAUUGCCUGACGACCUGGUGGAGGUGAAGCCCAAAAUGGUGAUGACAGUGUUCGCCUGCCUGAUGGGGAGAGGGAUGGUGAAGGACAAAAAGGACAAAAAUGACAAGAAAGGAAGUUUCAGACGCUGACCCCCCGCACACACACACACACACACACACACACACACACACACACACACACACACACACACACACACACACACACACACACACACACACACAACUGUACUGUACUGUACUGUACUGUUUUAUUCACUCCCUCCAAAGUGCACGUCUCCUCCUACUCCUCUCUUUCCCUCCCUACAUUUGCCAGACGCGUUUAUUCAAAGCACCUUACAGCAAAUCUCUCUUUCUCUCAUCAUACUGUACUCCUACUCACCAACUGUCCAUCCAGGCAGUACAACAAUUGCUCCAUUAUGUUUCGUAUUGUCUGUGAUUUGUUAGAGAUAAUGGUAAUAAGAUGAUCCAGAAGUAUCUAGAAUAUUGCACAGACAAAUAAUGCAUGUCAUUUUUACUGGCUGUUUGAAAAUUGUGCUUAGGCUUAAGAUGUGUGUAAAUGUUGUCUAAUUUAUUUCUAAUGACUAAUUUUAAUAAAUUUACCAAAUUAGAA